AUGACGCAUGGGGAGAUCAGCCCGUGUACGUGGUUUAGGAAUUGGGGGCUGACAGGAGAGCUGCUGGGCUCGAAGACAUUGCCCCCAAAAAACCUGUUGCACCCCUCACUGCAUCUCCGCAUCCACUUCCUGGAGGACCCAAGUGGCCCAGAUGACAAGGCUACCACGGAGCUGCAAGGUCUCGCGGCGCUGGACGCCGGAGGGGGCGGGGCAAGAGCGUCAGCCCCGCCCCGGCCCCGCAGUGGGACUCGGCCCGGCUCAGCGUGUGCCUCACUUCACGUGACACUGCUGCUGGGUGAACAUGGCGGCGGCCACCGGCGUGGCGUCAACACGGACAGCGGCAGUAUCUGCAGGGAAGCCUCCUUUGAGGGCAUCAGCAAGUUUAAUGUCAAUAACACCAUUCUUCAUCCAGAAAUUGUGGAGUGCCGGGUCUUUAAGACGGACAUGGAGCUGGAGGUUUUGCGUUACACCAACAGAAUCUCCAGCGAGGCCCACCGGGAGGUAAUGAAGGCCGUAAAAGUGGGAAUGAAAGAAUACGAGAUGGAGAGCCUCUUCGAGCACUACUGCUACUCCCGGGGGGGCAUGCGCCACAGUUCCUACACCUGCAUCUGUGGCAGUGGUGAGAAUUCGGCGGUGCUGCACUAUGGACACGCCGGGGCCCCCAAUGACCGGACCAUCCAGGAUGGAGACAUGUGCCUGUUCGACAUGGGUGGAGAGUAUUACUGCUUCUCCUCCGACAUCACGUGCUCCUUCCCGGCCAAUGGCAAGUUCACCGCAGACCAGAAGGCCAUCUACGAGGCGGUGCUCCGGAGCUGCCGUGCUGUCAUGAGCGCCAUGAAGCCAGGGGUGUGGUGGCCUGACCUGCACCGCCUGGCCGACCGCAUCCACCUGGAGGAGCUGAUCCGCAUCGGCAUCCUGAGCGGUAGCAUUGACGCCAUGAGCCAGGCCCACCUGGGAGCCGUGUUCAUGCCUCACGGGCUCGGCCACUUCCUGGGCAUUGACGUGCACGACGUGGGAGGCUACCCUGAGGGCGUGGAACGCAUCGAUGAGCCCGGCCUGCGGAACCUGCGUACCACGCGGCACCUGGAGCCGGGCAUGGUGCUCACCGUGGAGCCGGGCAUUUACUUCAUCGACCACCUCCUGGACGAGGCCCUGGCCGACCCAGCCUGUGCCUGCUUCUUCAACCGCGAGGUCCUGCAGCGCUUCCGGGGAUUCGGGGGGGUCCGGAUCGAGGAGGACGUCGUGGUGACUGCUAGUGGCAUGGAACUGCUCACCUGUGUGCCCCGCACGGUGGAGGAGAUCGAAGCGUGCAUGGCAGGCAGUGACAAGGCCUUUACUCCCUUCUCUGGCCCCAAGUAGAGCCAGCUGGGAGUGCCCAGUGGGACCAGGGACCCAGCCUGGCCACCUAUCUUCACGAUGAGCAGCCUCCUGCCUGGCCCUCGAGAAGUGAGAGAUGGGUGCUCAGAAAUCCCAUGGC